AUGGCCAACAAGACAACAAAGAACCCGGCCGAGAUCUUCUCCGAAUUGAGCCUGCAGAACCAAAUCCUGCUGCCGAGUGAUGAUGAAUACAAAGAGCGUCAGGAAAGUUUCUGGUCUUUGUACUCCCAAAUCGAGCCUGCUUGCAUAGUUCGCCCCACGACCGCGAACGAAGUAUCCACCAUUGUCAAAACUCUCGUAGCGUCGGGUCAAAAGUUCGCCGUUCGAAGCGGAGGUCACACGCAAUGGGCUGGCGCCAACAACAUCCAGGAUGGCGUGACCAUUGAUCUCCAGUUUCUGAACUGGACCAAGUUCGACGAGAAAACGAGGAAUGUGGAUAUCGGACCCGGCGCACGUUGGAAGGAUGUGUAUACUGAGUUGGAGAAACAUGGCCGAGUUGUAGCUGGCGGUCGCAAUGGGAAGGUUGGAGUAGGUGGACUUUUGCUUGGCGGUGGCAUGACUUUCUUCACUGGUAGCCGAGGACUUGCUUGCGACAACAUCAUUUCUUUUGAGGUGGUGUUAGCAGACGGUAGCAUCGUCACGGCUGAUGCUACCAACUCUCAGAAAGACCUCUUCAUGGCUCUCAAGGGAGGGUCUGGAAACUUUGGUAUCGUCACCAACUUCAAGAUGCUGACCUUCGUCUGCGAGAAGAUCUGGGGAGGCUUUAGGAUUCUCUCCAAGGAAUACAUCGGUGACGCACUCCAGGCGUUUGAAGACUUCACACCUCACGUUCCCGAGGAGGUUGACAGCAACAUUCUUCUGUUCAUUGCAUACAUGGGUAAAUUAAAGGAUGUCGUUGUCAUCGAAGCCCUCAUUCAGGUGGGCGCUGUGGAGAAUGCCCCUGCAUACAACAAGAUGGUCUCAAUCCCGGCUGUCAUGGAUAUGUGCAAAAUGACGACAGUCAGGGAGCUGGUGUCCGAGUAUGACCCAGUGCCGAAUGGAUACUACAAUUGUUUCUACACCCUAACCAUCAAGAAUGAUGUGCGCAUUUUCAACAAAGCGGCUGAUCUUCACAAUCAGGUGGUGGAGGACUUGAAGGCUCUAAUUCCAGAAGGCAAUUUCCUCACUGAGUGCCUGUUCCAGCCAUUUUCAAAGUGCAUCGGAAAGCGAUCGGCAGAGCGCGGGGGGAAUAUCAUGGGAGUUACAGGGCAACCAGAAGAUGGCGUUCUGUGGGUUGCAAUCAUCGUCAUCAAGACGGCCGAGCAAGAGAAGGCUGCGUAUCCGAUGCUCCAGAAAUGGGGUGAGUCUGUCCGAGACUUUGCUAGCUCCAUCGAGAACGGGCUUCUACCAUGGGUAUACAUGAACUAUGCGGACAAGAGUCAGCAGCCAUUGGCUAGCUACGGAGCUGAAAAUGUGAAUAAGAUGAAGGAUGUUGCCGCAAAGUAUGACCCUGAGGAGGUAUUUCAAAAGUUGUGUCCGGGAGGCUUCAAGAUCUCGGAUUCAACGCUUUGAGUAAGAUUUUGGGAUGGAUUGCUCUUUCACAGUGGUCUGAGACAUAUUUCCAACUCGACAUCUAUUUGAGACUCUUCGUAGCAUCCGGUAUCUCAACGCUCGCUUUCUGACGGUUAAAG